AUGGCCUGUCGGACAUGGUUCGAUGGUCGUACCGUCACACGUUGGAAGUAUUCUCGCCAACUGGCAUACAUCUGCAUUGAUGCAGGAUACACACUUGCUACAGUCCCGAUCGCCAAGAUCCUCCAGCUUGCCGCCCUGUUGGCCAUCGGCACGCCCGUGCUCGCUCUGAUCCCCGACGUCGCCAACGACCAGCCCGCUCUCCAGGGACGGUUACCGGACAACGGUGACGGUGACGGUAGAGUUAUCGACGGCAAGCACAUCUACAACCCUGCCGGGCCCGUGCCCUCGUCGACGCGUGAUGGCAAGAAGAAGAUCACCACUUACCCUGCCAAGCCCCACCACGGCGGCCGAGUGGCAGCGCGUAGCCUCGAAGCCAAGACCAAAGGAUGCACCUUAUGCAAGAGCGGUGAGGAUGAGCUCGACUUCAGGAAACUCCCCGGAACGCACAUCAACCGCCCCACCGCGGAAAUCCGCAAAAACCCCAGCAAACCCAUCGAGGAACUCACCUCGCCGAGGGAUAGGAAGACCUCCGCCAGCUUCCUCAGGCGCCGUAGCGGCAUCUCCGGCCGCGGCGCUGGGAGAAAGGCUUGCCGCGCCCGCCGCCACGGUAGCCCCCGCCGCCCCGGUGGUCUGGCCCAGCACUAG